CCGCUUUAGUUCUCCCGUUAAAUUCCACAUGCCUGCCUGACUUAAACCACCCAAGGGAAGGGGAGGAGUGGCACUAGACAAGGACAUUAAUACUGUAACAUAGUAACACAAGGGGGUAAAGUUGUGGAAGUUAGGGAAGGAAUUGGUUUUCAGAAAGGCCAUUAAUUAAGUGGCUUGGUUACAGCGUGAGGAAAGGCCGAGACGCGCUUCCUGUUGGCUGUCUAUCCUUAAGGAAUAUGAAACAGGAAAACUAGUAGACAUAAGAGAAGGUAAAAAAAAAAAAACGUUAACGCUAUCCGGUGCCUGUCUGUUGCUUCUUUACUGAAUAUGUCAGGGACACGGACAAGAAGAGGGACUGUUUCGGAACAGACUCGAACUGCGAGGGCAGCUGCUGUUGCUGAGCAGUUGCACCAUGAAUGCACCCUCUUAUUGGAACUGUAUAGAAAAAAGGAGACGUUCGCCGAGGAACUCACCAGCGGCGGGGACCGCCUGGUGACCGUGCCACCACUCUCCUCCCAGCUCUCGCCGAAUGACAUGUUGUGGCGCCUCUACUCCGCCCUGCAACAGUGCCGGAACCUCCUGGAGCAUGCCAUUGGCCGGGAAGAGGGUGUGGGAAACGACAGGAACAGGACCGAAUACGAGAGCCAGAAGAAAACCGUGAGGGACCGGCUGGGGCACCUGCUAGAGAGCACACGGCUCCUCCUGGCGGACGGAGCUGGAACUGCAGCCUUCACUCCUGAUCCGAACAAUACUGAGAUAGAUGGUCCGGUGAACGGCAGCCCGUUUGCGCUAAAGCUCUGGAUCUACCGCAUCUUCAACGAGCUGGAGCACUGGACACUCGCCGCCUCCAAGACCCUGAAGGCCCUGCACCCCGACGGAGCCGCCCCCAAGGAGCGCAGAACGAGGGGGAGGGCAAGAGGGAGGAGGACCCGGAGAUGAGAUAGUAGAGAUUGGGAGAGGUAGCCUGUGAGUGAGGAAGGAGAGAGAAGGGAAGACAAAGAAAGAGAGGGAUGGGGGGAGAGG